GUAAAACGUUGGCAACAGCAAUUGUGAUGAUUACAAGAAUUAAAAAUACUAUACAAUCACCAUCCAACGAUAAAAGCUCCAUGAAUUUUCUGUACGCAAGUGGAUUAGCAGCUGUUUCUGAGAAUAAAUGUGUUUUCUUUAUAUCAUCUAAUCUUCCAAUUUUAUCGUUGGAAGAACAUUGUGAUUGUGUUUUCUUGAUUGAUGAAGAUAAGAAAGAUGUUAUUACUUUUGAUAAAUCCGUUUCAAAAUAUAUAAAAUUAGAAUUAAUUAAUAUAAUCACUAUAAAUCAAUUACAUGCUGAUAAAAAAGUUGUU